AUCUCCGCCUACCUCCCCGCACCCGAGCCAGCACUGUCAACAUAACAAACAGGUGUGCUCUUCUACACGGGAAGGGAGCGGUUUUAGCCAAAUGCGGACAAAGCGGGUACAAAACUGGGUCAAACAGAAGUAGGUGUCAGAGGGGCCUUUUCUGGACAAAACCAAGGUGUUUUUGGAAAUGAAAUUCAGUCGAUGUUAGAGAGUCACUCUAUGGAGGUCUAAAUCGCCAAAAUAGGGAACCUUUAAAUGCAUUGAAUGAAAUAAACACGAUAUUGUAAAAGCAAAACAAAAAACCGGCGUGUCCACAUGGAAUAGUCGUCCAAAACCUUCCUGUUUUCUGCUGUUCGGGUCCUACCGGUGAAUGCUUGGUGCACGUGAUUUUAUUACGCCACCUGGCUGCCACUAAUAAUUAGCUCCAUGGUAGCGAAUGAGCUCUACUUCUUCAAAGUAUCGUCGUCACGAAGGGAGGACGAGGCCCAAUGAGCGGGAGAAAGACCGAGAAGCCAUGCGAACUGCGAAGCUUUCGUGACACGGAGUCAACAAACUGAAAGAAGUGAUUUGCUGAUAUACGGAAGUUGUCACACAGAGAGAGAGAGAGUACCCAAGUUUGAACAGGCAAAUUCAUACGUGUCUUGAAAUAUGAAAUAAUACACAGCCACACAGAGCACCGUAAAUGAAUGAGUAUGUUGCUUGAACGGGGGCAAGGAUGAAAGGAUAUUAGUAUUGUCAAGAAAUAUUUCUCAUACAAGAUACAAUUAGCUCUAUUAGGGGAAAUCACAUUGUUUCAGUCGCAAUAGUGGACACAAGAAAUGUAUAAAGAGAAGACACCUGUACAAGAAAGGAAUUUCACAAAAUAGAAACCGAAACUCGGAUCAAUGCCGAAAGUCUCUCAUCCAACCCAUCAGCGAUGUCGAUUGUUGACAAAAUGGAAAUGCUGCCUUUUCAUUUGGAUUUUGGAGAUCUGAUGCAUCUGAUAGAUAAUAGACUAUUAUAUCGAUAUAGAUAUAUGAAUAGACCCCCCCCAGGAUCAGUAAAGGCUAAUUAAUCCAUAUGCAGAUGUUUUUGAUGAUGGCACGUCGAAACCUGGUUUACUUCGGGUACAUUCGGAAAUUCAACCUGACGCCUUGGCUGCGCUCUGAGAAAGGCAGAGCGUGCCGCGUUUUCCGAAUGAGCGCGUUGGCCAUCGACAGGGAUACGUUCAACGUUCCGUCUCCUCACGCCCAGAGUCUGGCGCUCCGGACAACUGAACGUUCCGGGGCGGCGAGAGCCAAUUUCCCAACGUACCCUUCGAAUGUGUCCGCCGUUACGAGACGGAUGCACUGAAUACAUUUACCUAUACAUAAAUAUUGAAACCAUCAUUUAUUAACCAUUAGGAUUAUAGCAUCCUAUCACAUAAAAUAGUAGCUGCCCCGCGAUUCUGGAAAUGAAUUGCUGUGGGUCGGCAUCUUCCUUCUAAAAUCCAAGCAUAUUCAAGCAGUGCCUCGUGUUUUGAACGGCUUUAAUGCGCGUUUGAAUAUAUAGUUAAGGUCGAAUUUGAAUCUCGACUAUUCCGACGUUUCAAGUCGGCACAGAUGCCCAAAGUGGAACGUGAUCCAGAUUGAUGAACGUACCCAGAUACAGAUGCGUUGUCUGGAUUUUGAUCUGCAGGUUCCCAUGAGUUUUCUGUUUUUGGGAGUGCAGCGGACCUCUGCGGUUUUGCAGUAUGGCGCCCGUGGAUUCACCUAUUUGCAGAUGGGUUUUUUGUUCUUUUCUUCAAAUGUACAUUUUCUAAAAUGUAUAUAUUUUGGUGGAACCAACUCCUGUUUAUUUUUGUCCAUUUUUUUGGGGGGGUCGAAAAUUGCCGGUAUAUUCCCCUUUUUUUUUUUCAAUCCUUUUUGGGGUUAAAAAAACCACAUUUUCAAUACAAUGAUAAUGGCUUUCAAUUAUUGAGGGGUUUUCGGUAUUUGCGGUUGGGCCUGUUCCCCGGCCCCCGUGAAUAGCGGGGUCCACUGUAUGGUUGAUUUUGACCAAUAGAUAGAGUCUGACAACCGUACAAUAUGUCAAAGAAAUUGCAGACUGUUUGACGUGAGGACUUGGGCGUUUAAUCCAGAAAGAAGAAGACCGUCUGCAUAUAGUCAAACUUUGUGAUGGGAUUUCCUAUUUAUUCCUAUGAGCGGCGACUGUUGCUUCGGGUGAGUCGUAUAACACUCCUCACCAAUGGAUCCAUGAAUCACCCAAACCAAAAUUGUCAAGUGGUGCAAAAAAGGAAUGACCGGUGAAUUUUGUCAAAAGCUUUUUCUCCAUCAACUAACACGACAAUUGCUUGGAGAUUUUUGGGCGCGUUGACAUCCUGAUGAAGUUGAUCAAUCUUCUGAUAUUAUUGGUGGAGCGCUGAGCUUUCCACACCAAAAGCCAGGCUGGCGCUCUCCUCACGAGUGCAACUUGCACAUAAACUGUUCAAGCCUGCUUGGAUGCGAGGCGAGACACCUUAGAGCGGUCCGGCUGGGAUUGAUCGAAUGCCCUGAGGAUGCAGACCGAGGUGUGUUACGAAGGCUUCGGCUACUGCGUCCGCCUUGUCACAUACCCUGACGAAGAUGUAUGUUGUGUUUUUAGGUUCAGACAAAUCCUCCUGAUCCGGCCCAAAAUGCUGCUGGCCAACCAUGGCACCUACAGAGAGCUGCGCUGGUUCUCACCCUGGACAAAGUUUCGGACAGUCGAGGAAUACUUGGUGCCAAGAAUGAUCCGGCAGGUGACAGGGCAGGACGCAGUCCCGUUUGGAGACUGCGUGCUCUCCACCCUGGAUACCUGCAUUGGCACGGAGAUGUGCGAAGAGUUAUGGCACCCCGUGAGUCCUCAUAGUCAGAUGGGUCUUGACGGUGUUGAAAUAUUUACAAAUUCCUCCGCAAGCCACCAUGAGCUCCGCAAAGCAGACCGAAGACUCAGCUUGAUCAAGUCAGCCACCGCCAAGAGUGGCGGCAUCUACCUGUAUGCGAAUCAGAGGGGCUGCGAUGGAGACCGACUGUAUUACGAUGGUUGCGCCACGGUGGCUGUCAACGGGGACAUUGUGGCACAUGGAGCACAGUUCUCCUUGAAUGAGGUGGAGGUGAUCACGGCCACCUCGGACCUGGAGGAUGUGCGCUGCUAUCGAGGAGAGUCAUGCCAGCUGCGGAUGGGAAGUGAGUGCAAACCAUGCUGUAGGAUCAAAGUCAACUUUUCUCUCUCCGGUAAUGACGACACGUGCCUCCCCACCUCCCAAGCGAUAACACGCCGCUUGCAUACACCGGAGGAAGAAAUCAGCCUCGGGCCAGCCUGCUGGCUUUGGGACUACCUAAGGAGGAGUGGACAGGGUGGCUUUCUGUUGCCUUUGAGCGGAGGCGUUGAUAGCUCGUCCGUCGCCUGCAUCGUUUACUCGAUGUGCGUACUGGUCUGCCAGGCUAUACAAAAUGGCGAUACACAGGUCCUCGAAGAUGUCCGCAGGUUAGUCGGGGAUGACGCCUACCUCCCUCGGCGGCCGAGGGAGCUCUGCGGUCAUAUCUUCACAACUUGCUACAUGGCCAGUGAAAACUCAUCAGCGGACACUUGCAACCGUGCCAAAGAGCUGGCCGGUCAGAUCGGCAGCACACACAUGAACCUAAAUAUAGACAUGGCAGUAAAAGGCAUUGUGGGGAUCUUCUCAAUGGUUACUGGGAGGUGGCCUCAAUUCCGUGCCAACGGAGGAAGCCACAGGGAAAACUUGGCGCUGCAGAAUGUCCAGGCGAGGGUAAGGAUGGUUCUGGCUUACUUGUUCGCCCAACUGGGUCUGUGGACUCGAGGAAAACCAGGUGGCUUGCUGGUACUGGGCUCAGCCAAUGUCGAUGAGAGUCUGACAGGUUAUUUUACAAAGUAUGACUGCUCCAGUGCUGACAUCAAUCCAAUUGGAGGGAUUAGCAAAAAGGACUUGAAGGGCUUCCUACUGUAUUGUGUUGCGCAAUUUCAGCUCACUGCUCUGACAAGCAUCCUGGCUGCUCCACCCACAGCUGAACUCGAGCCUCUGACUGAUGGACAGGUGUCGCAGACAGAUGAGGUUCCAAUUUCAUACAUGAUUGUAUUGUCAUGGAAUUACAAUGGACUGUCUUGGCGUAUUCUCGAGCCGCCGCCUUUCAUGUCGUUUCAGGCCGACAUGGGGAUGACCUACUGCGAGUUAUCCGUAAUUGGGCGACUACGCAAGAUCUCUAAAUGUGGCCCUUUCAGUAUGUUCUGCAAACUCAUUGACUUGUGGAAGGAUGUGCUGUCACCCACAGAGGUUGCACGGAAGGUGAAGCAUUUCUUCACGAUGUACUCCGUGAACCGCCAUAAGAUGACAACAGUCACCCCAUCCUACCACGCUGAGAGCUACAGCCCCGACGACAACCGCUUUGACCUCCGACCUUUUCUCUACAACACACGCUGGAACUGGCAGUUUCGCUCGAUCGACAGUCACGUAGCAAACAUCGUGUAGCGAACGAGAGCCGAUUUCGUGUAACGUCUUGUCUUCGGAUGCCGUUAUGAGUCGAUUGCUGCUUCUUCCUCGUAUCACAGAUGGCGGUAAAAAUAUCAAAAGACUUAAGAUGUUCAAUGUGCAGGUCAAAACAUCCCAUUUGUCGGUUUGCUUUGCGCUGAAUUCUAAGCACACUACAACAUGGGGAAUAAAUAGUGAAGCAAC